UGCCUGCUGCUCAGCGCAUGUGCCAGUUUACCCCCCUCAGCCAAUCACUGAUUCAUCACUAUAAAGCAAGGAACAAUAACAACCACACAACAGCAAAUGAACUGUAAGCUUCAGGAGGCAACAAAGACAGCUGCAAGCAAAACAGCAAACCAACUGUUUAUAGUGUAUACUAUCUGAGAGGAUCUCCAAAAAAAAAAGGGAGGGAGGACAAUUUCGUGGUCAAGAUGAUGUGUACCUUCAGGAUAUUACUGUUAACAUGCGCUCUGUGUUGUAUUGAAGCGAUUUACCGCCCUUGGGAUAAAAGAUUUGGGAAAUUUCCUGCUUUUCCAGCAGUGGGGAAGCUUGAAGAGUGCAUACCUGAUGGAAGUGAUGGGAGCAGCUAUAAAGGCAACGUGUCAGUGACAGUCAAUGGACGGUUAUGUGUCUCCUGGCAUUUAGUCAAAAGACAGCCAAUUCCAUCUCUUAGACACCACCAACAUAACUACUGCAGGAAUCCAAAUAAGAGAAUUAUGCCAUGGUGUGUGGUUAAGAAAAGAAACCGCUUUGUACAAGAAUAUUGUGACAUUCCACGCUGUAAAACAAAGCCGACCAAGAGUCCACCAAAAUCUGAACCAUCAAAGCAGGACACAGAGUUAACAUGUGGAGAGCGAUCCCUGGUCCCUAGAUCAAAGAUAAUUGGUGGUGUAAGGUCAACUGUUGAGUCUCACCCUUGGAUUGCAGCUAUCUUCUAUGGAGAAAAAUUCACUUGUGGAGGAUCCCUCAUUGCUCCCUGCUGGGUCCUUACUGCUGCCCACUGCUUCACAUCAGGGAUGAACACAAAAACAAAUAAAUACUCUGUAUAUUUGGGAAGGAAUGCCAUCAAUGAAAGCAACCCUAUCAAAGAGCAGCAGUUCACCGUGAGCAAACUAGUGGUCCAUGAAGGCUUUAACUACAAAACCCAAAACUUUACCCACGAUAUUGCUCUACUAAAGAUAGUUGGCCGCAAUGGAAAAUGUGCAAGCAAGACCAGCUCUGUGAGAACCGUGUGCCUUCCCCCUUCCCGGGUGAUGCUUCCUCCAGGAACCUACUGUGAGAUCCUUGGCUAUGGAAGACAUGAAAAGGAUGGCUUUGAGUACUCUAAGCAUCUGAAACAGGCUCAGGUGAAGCUUAUUUCCCAGAGAGAUUGUGUAAACUAUUACAAUAAGCAAGAGGACAAUGUCAAUGAACACAUGUUCUGCGGAGCUGGUGAGAGUUGGAAGGAAGAUGCUUGCCAGGGUGACUCAGGAGGGCCGCUUUUGUGUGAAGUAAAUAACAUAAUGUUCCAGUUCGGUAUCAUUAGCUGGGGAGAUAAGUGUGCAGAAGAGUUUAAACCAGGUGUUUACACAAAGGUCACCAACUUCAACCAGUGGAUCUCAGAGCACACUGGUUUACCCUCAUAUACAGCAGGCUCGAGGUAUCCACAAAAGGAUUAACUUUGAGGGGUUCACUUUACGGCAGAAAUGAAUGCUUAGCCACUCAGGGUCAUAAAUGUGUUAGUUAUUUUUGCCUUUUAGGAGAGAUGUGGCAUCUACGUAUGUUGCAGUUGCAUAGGAUUCAUCUUUGACAAUGUUAUCUUUACAUACUACUGCUUUUUAUAGGAUAGUGAUUACAGUGUUAAAGAAAUAGUUCAUGUGAUAUGAAGUGAUAUGAUAGGUGUGGGUGAGAAACAGAUCACUUUCACAUACUUAUUCUAUUUUUGUGAUUCACAUUCUUCCUGCAUAUCGCCCCCUACUGGGCAGGGAGAAGAAUUUCUAGCACAAAAUGACUUAAAUAUUGAUCUGUUUCUCACCCACACCUAUCAUAUCACUUCUGAAGAUAUGGAUUUAACUACUGGAGUUGCAUGGAUUAUUUUUUUGAUGCCUUUGUGUGCUUUUUGGAGCGUCAACAUUUUUGGCACCCAUUCACUUGCAUUGUAUGGACCAAAAGAGCUGAAAUACUCUUCUAAAAAUCAUAGUUUGUGUUCAGCAGAAGAAAGAAAGUCAUACACAUCUGGGGGUGAAAAAAUGAGGGUGAAAAAAUAAUGACAGAAUUUUCAGUUUUGGGUGAACUAUCCCUUUAAGGUGAAUUAAGGAUCCGUAUGAUAUAAGGAUACUUUAUGGUCAGUUUGUGAAUCAUAUUUAUUUGCAUAAACUUACUAAGUCUGUCUACUUACAAGUCUAAAAUAUUUUUUAUGAACUGUGUAUUUUGUUUUAAAAAAGUUUAUCAGAAACUGAUGUUAAUGACAUGGAUGUUAUAAAUCAGUCUGAAAACAAAUAAUGAUCUGUUCUCAGAGGUUAGAUUUGAUAUUGGAUUGGGCAUUAUCUGGUUUGUUAUUAUGUACUUUUUUUAUUCUUAAUUUUAAUAAUGCGUUAUUUAAUUUCUAUUUAUUGCAAAUAUGUGUGUAUUUAUUUUUCAUAGAUACAGCUAUCAAUGUAAAACAUACUUUUUCCUAUCAGUUUUUUCAAUACAAAUCUCUCCUUAUUUCCAAGACAAAAGAGGCAUAUUUUAUCUGACAUGAAUUAAACUUGCUUGAAAUCUCA